AUGAACAGCGCCGAUAGUUGGGACUUAGGACACUUUGUUCACCUCGAUAAACACAAGUACCGAAAGCAACGCAAAGAGUUGGAGAAACUGUGGCGGGAUGAUGCGUUUUUGGUAAAUCCAGAUGCUAAAGUUGCAGAUAGAACGAUAUACAAGUAUUGGAAGAAUCGGCGCACACUAUUCUCGCUGAUGGGAGUGAAAAGGCUAUAUUUGACAAAGGAACUGUGGUUCAGCGUGACGCCCGAGACGGUUGCCAAAUUCGUGGCACGGUUUAUUCGCAGUUGUUUACCAGAGGCACACACGGUGGUGGACGUAUUCUGUGGAGGAGGUGGGAACAGCAUUCAACUGGCGAUGUACUUCCCAAAAGUGUAUGGAGUGGACUGCUCGGUUGAGCAUCUGUACUGCACGUAUAGGAACGCGCAAGCAUACGGUGUAGAAGAUCGGAUAUGGUUGAAAUAUGGAGACUGGCGCAAGUUAUCGCGACGGGGGCGUUUCGAGCGAGUCAAAGUGGACUGUGUGUUUGCGUCACCGCCCUGGGGUGGGCCUGGAUACCAAAAAGAGGAAGUAUUUGAUCUGGAGACCGGGCUGGCGCCCGUUGGGUUGCGAGAGAUGCUUCGUGGGUUCUUGCGGAUCAGCAGCAACGUGGUGUUGUUCCUGCCACGCAAUUCGGACCUGGCACAGAUCUCACGGGUGACACGCGAGCUGUUGGGCGACGACGCGCGUUGCAAAGUGCUGUAUGUAAAGACGGGAGAGUACAUGAAGGGUAUUCUGUGCUUUUGGGGGGAGCCAUUUUACAACUACAGCCAGGGCUCAGAGGCUGCGGUAGGGAACGUUCAUGAUGUUGGCGACGGAAAGCACAGCAAUGAGGAUGGGGUCCAGCACGCACGGGAGAGUUUGAGCGUUGCAAUCGACUAUUCAGAGGACGGUUAG